UCAGUUUUAUUGCACUGGUAAUCAAUAUUUUCAUUUCAUCUGACCUGUGGUAAGUCACGGAAAAACACACCUGUAAUACAACAGAAGUCUAAUACAGAGUCUCUUUCGAUGUCUUUAGUAUAGGGAUAUUUGGGACAUGCCCAAAUAGAUGAUAAAAAUGAUGCCAUUCUCACAAAAAAAAGUUUCAUGAAGUUUCCCUCUAAGCAGUCUGCUGCAGUCUGUCAUUGCUCCCUUGGACAUACCUGCUGUGCGUGCAGGUAACUGACAGUCCCUCGGCUUAUUCUAACCUUAGUGAAGCAGCUGUGUACAUGAUGUCAUUGUGUUGAUCACAUGUUAAAGUUGCAUCUCAGGCAUGAGUGAUCACCUCCCUUGAUUAUCGUGUUUUGGGAGGGAGGCAGCCCGUCCCCUGAUGCUACAUGUCCUUUAAUUGAGAGUCUGACAGAAUGCACAGUUCUAUUAGCAGUUAUUGUGGGCGGGAUGUGGAAAAUUGACGUCAGUGUGGUUGGUCGGUGACGGUGGAGGAGGGACCACAGACCGAACUGAUCCCACGUGUGACGGAGCGCUGCAUUCCCGGCUCACUGACACUGAAGCUCCGCUCCGUCUGCCGACCUACCGCCUGUGUGUAUUCGUUAGUCACUGCCUGUAGCUGGGUCAGAUAUGGAAGGAGACGGGAGCCAAGCCACGUCUGGAAACCCGACUGAUCCGCAGCACGACCCGGGGAAAAUGUUUAUUGGUGGCCUCAGCUGGCAAACUUCACCAGACAGCCUUAGAGAUUAUUUUAGUAAAUUCGGGGAAAUCAGAGAAUGUAUGGUGAUGAGAGACCCAACGACAAAACGUUCCAGGGGCUUUGGCUUCAUCACUUUUGCAGAUGCUGCCAGCGUAGAUAAAGUCUUGGCACAGCCGCACCACGAGUUAGACUCUAAAAUGAUUGACCCUAAAGUUGCCUUUCCUAGACGUGCUCAGCCCAAGAUGGUCACGAGAACAAAGAAAAUAUUUGUAGGAGGAUUAUCAGCCAACACAGUAAUUGAAGAUGUGAAGCAGUAUUUUGAACAGUUUGGCAAGGUAGAGGACGCCAUGCUAAUGUUUGACAAAACCACAAACCGACACAGAGGUUUUGGCUUUGUAACAUUUGAAAUUGAGGAUGUGGUGGAGAAAGUCUGCGAGAUCCAUUUUCAUGAAAUCAAUAAUAAAAUGGUAGAAUGCAAAAAGGCCCAGCCAAAGGAAGUGAUGUUUCCUCCAGGGACGCGAGGUCGGGCCAGGGGCCUACCAUACACAAUGGAUGCCUUCAUGCUGGGCAUGGGCAUGCUGAGUUAUCCUAACAUUGUAGCUACAUAUGGCAGAGGCUACACUGGCUUUGCACCAAGCUAUAGCUACCAGUUCCCUGGCUUCCCAGCUACAGCAUACGGACCAGUGACAGCAGCGGCGGUAGCAGCAGCUCGUGGCUCAGGUAGGGGGACCCGUGGAAGAGGCGGCGGCUACACGGCAUACGGGCAGAACGCAGGGGCAGGGUUCCCUGAUUAUGGGUUGUAUUCCGCGGCCGGGGCCAGCGGUGACGUGCGGGGAGGAGCACCCUACUCCCUGGCUGACUAUGGCUCAAUGGGGGCCCAGGCGGCUGCUCAAAUCCUGCCAAGUGAGCAUGCCAGCUCGGCCUGCAACUCUCCCACCUCCCUCCAGCACCACCUGCACAGCCCGGACCCUUUUAAGAGCCCAGGAACCAACCCAGCUCGGCCUGGAGCCUUUCCUGGUGCCAACAGUCCUGGUCCUGUAGCUGACCUCUAUGGAACUGCCAGUCAGGACUCUGGUGUGGGCAACUACAUCAGUGCCACCAGCCCUCAACCAGGCUCUGGCUUCAGCCACAGCAUUGCUGGUCCAUUGAUUGCGACAGCUUUUACAAAUGGAUACCAUUGAAAGCUAACAGGUGACUGGUUGCCAUCUCAUUUGAGGUGAUGCCAUCCAGCGCUAACCACUACAGCAUCCACGCAGUGAGCCAGGGUGGGGGUGGUACCAGAUGAAGAACAGCUCGAAAAACAAAAGUCAAAAUCAUCACUGAAAAAAGAUGACAGCCUGCUCUGCUAUAAAGCCUGACCUGCUAUUGAGAUCCUUCUGACCGUACUGUAGUCCCUCUGACUGUACUGUAGUCCAGUAUCAUUGUGUAGAGAUUUGCUGGUUCAGAUUUUACUUUUGAUGAUUUGUUUCCUUGAUUUAAAUUGCUUUUCUUGAAUUAUGAUCUUUUUUGGUUUUGAUUUGAAAUCAGUAAUGAAAAAUUCUUUUGAGUGUUUAGUUCUGAUUCUUGUAUGUGUACAUUUGUUUCUUUUGAUCCUCACGUGAAAAAGCAAUGUACGUGUCACUACACCUUUUUGUACGUGUCCCUGCUGAGACACUGUGGAUACUCGUCUUUUUUUUUGUCUUUGAGUGAUUGAAAGGUUGUCAGUUUGCACAUACAGAGACAUCUGAUGUGAAUCAAUGUGGCUCAGUGGAGACAGUAUUGGUUCAUCAAAACAACACAAGACACACCAAUAACACUUAGUAGCUUUGGUUCUAGCAAUGUGCUCACUAAAUGUACCUAUUUUUGGCAAUAAGAGGACUACAAUAUUUUCACAGUCCUGUUUUGUAAAUGUUUUGUUGUGUCGAGAAGAAAAAAUAGAAGAAGCUGUCUUUUUAAUACUAUGUCAAAGUUAAAAAGAAGUGUAUAACUGUAAAUUGUGUUCCAGUCAUUGCAUAUAGUGGUUUAGAGAGGUACAGGCAUAUUUUAGUGAUGUGACUGAUUAGGUUACAAAGGCCACAUCACGCUGGAUGGGAGAACAUCAGCUGUUCCAUCCAUCGCACAAGGCCUGAGGAAAAAGUAAUCCCAUGACAGACCUUUAUAUGCUCUUUGCCUUUCAGCUGUGGCUAAUUUAAUACCAGCAUAUUUGUCUACAUGAUGAGCUACAGUGUACACAGUUAGAAAAAUACAACUCAAGGUUGUAAUUGUUGUCACACAAACAUUUGUGGAUCUGCGCUCUGUGACACACAGCUGACAGGUGCAUCUCUCAUUCUCUGUGUCACAGCGACUCUGGAGCUCAGUAGCAUUAAAAGAAAUCAAUCCAAAGCACACUUGAUAGUUCUGAGGGAUACUAGACGAAUCGGUUGUGUCCUCAUAUUUCAUGAAGACAAUGUUUGUUUGAUACACUCUAAUUGUCUUUACGUCUGGUGUCACACAAAAGGCAAUAUUUCAAGUCUGAUACAUUUUUGGCAACUUGUGGAAGAAGUGCAGCAGAUGGGUGUUGCUUAUUACCUCAGUCCUGUGUGUUUUGUAACGAUGACCAGAGAACUUAUUUGAAGAUGACACGCUUAGGAAAAAAAAAGUGAAGUUGUUGCACUGUGAUUGGAGGUGAGGCUGAGAGCAGAUUUAAUUUGCACAUUAGUUGGCUCUUUGAAAUGGACUCAGUGAAGUGAAGGAUUUUUAUUUAUAGCUCAGUUUUUGCCAGUCUAACUUGAAUAUGUCAGGACAUUUGUUUUACUGUUUUUAAAUUUUGACAGUUGCCAAAUAGCCUGCAUACCACUGGUUGAUCCAUCAUCACAGCAUACACACACACACAAGUUUUCAUAUGAGCAUUACAAAGAACAUAAAGGAAAAUAGGAAUGUUAUCUAUAAUUUCAUGUAAAUAGGAAUUUGCUAUAACUAAAGAAUCAAUCUUUCUUUUAACGUUUGGAAUGGUUUAUGAAUUGAUAUAUGUAUAUGCUGUCUUCUUCCCCUCUGUGUCUGACACAGACAUUUUACAAGUUACUUUUACAAACCAUGGGAAGCUGAAUGCUGGACUGUUUCUAAAAUGGGGACUUCAAGUAAUAAUCAAAUAAUCAAAAAAAAAUGUGUAUGUUGUUAAUUAAGAAGAGAAACAUGUAUGUUCCCUUGUAUGAUCUACAUUUCUAAGAAGGAUUUGUAUCAAUAUUUUUGUGGUUGUUAAUGAUUAUAUGAAUAAUAUCUAUAAAGCUGACAAUAAUAAUAUUAUGUACUGUACAUCCAUCCAGUUCUCUCUCCAUUCCCUGUCAUCCUCUACAAUAAUCUUCAGUUGAUCAUUAAUGUAUUUCAGUAAUGUAUACAAAAGAAAAUCAAAUGACCUUAUGUAGGAGUGCUGUCUUUGAUACCAGUGUAGUGGUCUAUACACAGAUUUGUUAACCUUUAAAACUGUCACUCCCUUCGUCUCCUCUCACUCUUUCUCCCAGUAACUAGUGAUAGAUGUUCUGUAGUUACAAUAGACACUAUUAGCUUGUAUUCAUUAGAUGAUGUAGGACCAGUGAGGAUAGAACUUUCUGAUUUUUCCAUCUGGAAAAAAGCUGACAUUGAUUUCACCUGUAUUUUUAUUUUUCUGUUGACUCUCUGUUCUGUGCUGCUCUCACAUGGUUUCACCAAACCAAAGCUCUCUUUGAAAAUAUUUGAAGGAAGACAUGUUGUAAGUUGUUUGUGUAAACAAGGCAUUAAUUGGAUUACCACCCUUGAAUGUUAUAAAAAGGGGGUGUGCCAUACUACCUUAAAUGCUAAUGCUAGAUAUGCAAAACACUUUGAUUUGUUAUAAUUUGACAAGAGUUAAAGAGCAGGAGGGAUUUUAUUACACUGAUGAAACAGAUAACAUAUUUUUAUAUAGUUAUAACAGAUUAAUGAUAAUAACGAUAAUAACAAUAAUGACUAUUAUAAAUAUCAUUAAUCUGAGCUCUAUGUUUUAAUAUUUGUACUCUUGAAAUAUCCCAGUGGCUCAUGGUACUAUUUUUGAAUACUGUUUUUUUUUUUUUUUUUUUUUUUUUUUUACUUGUUAACUUCAGUACUUGUACAUUUCAGUUUGAACUCAUCAACACCUUAAAUGAUUUUUUAUUUACUCUUGACUCAUGGAAACAGCUCAUACUUUAAUCAGUGUUAGACUGCCAAUCACAAAACCAUGUUAUCCAUUUGCCUGCUGAUCAAGACACUACUCUAAUUUUGACUGAAAUACUUACAGAGCCUUAGAAACCUGCAAUAACUGUCUUUCCUGGACUUGCAGCAGUGCAAAGAUAACUGGUGAUUUGUACAGAACGGGUAGACAUUAGGAUGAGAUAAUAUAUCAAGCAAUGGCUUUGUGCUUUUACCAGAAGGUAUAGGAGCAAUGCUGGAGGUAGACAACACUCAUCGUCUCACUGUGCAGCCUAAAAAAUAUGUUGAUAUGCUACUAUUUUUCCACUACUUUGCAUUAGCAGGUAAUGUUUUUUGGGGGGACAAACCUGUAUAAAUCCAGACUAUGGUGGUCAUGGUUAAAAAACACCAGUGUUGGCUUCUGGUAGUUACAACAACAAAACAAAACAUAAACAGCAAUUUGUUAAAUUAGAAUUAGUUUUGUUUACUGAUAUAUCCAUCCAGAUCUCACCUCACCUUGUUGCUCUGUAACAACACGCUAUAUGUUAGAGUACUCUGAUUACUUUUUUGUUGAAAUGAGUGACAUAACGUGCUAUUUUUGCAAUUCAAGUAAUCAUGUUACAUUCUCAAAUAAGCAAUCCAUUACUGUUGCAACAAAACCAAAGCACAUUUGCAGUCUUUCUCUCCUACCACUAGCUUAACUAGUGGAAGGGAGAGAACAGCCUUUACAUCAUGGAAAUAUUCACAUUAUCUAGAAUUUGUGAAAAGGAGUGAGACACAGCUGCGAAGAAUUCUACUUCAGAUCUGAAAAAGCUUCUGCGAGCUAAGCACAGCUACACAACAGUGGUAGCAAGGCCUUGUUGAGGAGGAGGAGGAGAACGAUGCUGGUUCUGAAACAGCAACGGCUAUCUUUUUAGUUUAGUCCAGUGCUAACGCAAAAGUACAAGUUACUUUUCUCAGUAGGUAACUAACAUAAGAAGUUACUUUUUAAUAUCAGUAAUUUUGUAAUGUACCAAGUUUCUUUAAAGAGUAACAUUACCCAACACUGUCUGCAAAAUCCCCCAACUUCCUAUUGCUCCCUAUUUACUGUAGCUGUCAGAGGGCUGUUACACUUGAAUGUAAAUGUGUCAUUUUGGGUCUUUUUAUGUCCCUUUUCUUGGGAGGAUAAUCUCUCCAGACUCGGCUACCAGGACAGUUGUGAGGGACCGAACAGAAGCACAAAUAAAAGGCUUGUCCUGUUUUUUCCUACUACAGCAUAGCAUGGUGCAUUACCUGAAACUGCAGGUCUCUCUUGUGUCACAUACAAAUGUUCAUGUGACACAUUGUUAGACACAACAAGCUGUAAAAUCAAAAAGCUGAAAGUGUAGCUAGAAGCACUUGUGUAUUCAUGUGGAGUGUUACUUUUCACUGCUGCAUGAAUAUAACAAUGCUUCCUGUUUUUGCACUAAACACUGCCACAGAAUGGGAAUCUGCUGAUGCAACAUAGUAUCAUAUGAACAUAAUUUAUAGGACAGGUAUGUACAGAAGCACCUUACAGUGCCACGAAUGGCAUUUGAUCGAAAUCAUACCACUAACACACACAAUUUGGUGCCAUGUACCUUUUUACCAACACACUGUUUUCUUGUCUGUGGCUCAGCUGAGUUCAUGAGUGAUGAGCCUGUCCUCUGCCUCUGCAGCAAAGCUCAGCUUAGACCUGAGGUUUGGAAGAUUCAAGAAUUUCACUGUAGCACAGCACUGUGCCUUUAUUGACACUGGUGAGGGAGCUUAAACAAAUCUUCCACUGAUGAUAUAUUGUAUAUCCAUACAGCCACAUGAAAAUACAGCACACAGGAAUAUAGCUGGAGGUGGUCACAGAGAGUUCAUCACAGCUGGUCGUACAAGCCACUUUGGAAAUAAAGUGUUAUUAAAGUACGAGCUGUUUACCCUUUCAAGUAGCAGGUCCUGUUCCACAUGUUCUUAUGCAGUACACCAUCAUCGCUUCAGAUUGUUUAAAUUUGAUCUCAUAGCUUGCACUUUAAGGUAGCAUGGCUCUGUUGUUGCUGUACUUUACUUUAAUAUUGAUAGUUUACAGCUAAUGAAUGUUACACAUCUUGCUAGAUGAGUUCACCAUUGGAUAACUGUUGGCUAGAAAAAAAAGAGAAAACACAACAUAUGACCUGGAGGGUGUCGGAAUAUGUAUUGUGAGCGUACUACUGUAUCCACUUAAACUUGAAUCUUGAGGCAAGUGCUAGGUAAUGGCCAACCGCACAUCUUGUCACUGAAAUACAGCUCACGCCAAGAUGCUUAUGUACACACAGAUCAAAUGGUUAAAGUGUGUGUACACAUUGCUUGAUGGGGUAAAGUUAUGUGUGUAUAUAAACACACACACACACACACAUACUUUUUACCAUUAAGCAAAUGAAAUGAAACUGAUAAUACUACAAUAAUCUGCAGCUUUACCGACAACACACACUGACUUGAUGGUUUCCUGUUUUUAUAAGCGUUGCAGUCAUUAGUGUCUCAACAUGUAGCAGUAGAAACUUCACCUGGAGGUUGCUGAUUGCCUUGCCCAUUCCUGCCACUUGCCCAUUUUUUAAUGUUAACAGACUUUUUAACAUGAGAGCUGACUGAACGGACUGACUGAAAGCAUCUUUCAGGUCUUCUUGUAUGGCUUGCUCAAGCCCUGUUGUAAAAAAAAAAACAAAACAGAAACAAACAAACAAACAAAAGGAAAAAAAACAACAACAAAAAAAACAAAAAACAAACCAAAAAAAAAGAACAAGAACAAAAAAUGGAUGGGGGUCACUCACAUCCCAGAUGUGGAAAGUAUAAUUUUAUAUUUGUAUUUUCAAAUACUGAUAAUAAAAGAUGUUUGUCAAAGGUUUCCAUCCUCUACUCUGGUCCAGAAAUCAAUGUGUUUGUCUAAAAAAUGAAAUAAAACUGUUUUCAACCA